AUGCAGACGAUCAAGUGUGUUGUUGUGGGCGACGGUGCGGUCGGCAAGACGUGCCUGUUGAUUUCGUACACUACCAACAAGUUUCCGUCGGAAUAUGUGCCUACGGUGUUUGAUAACUAUGCCGUGACGGUCAUGAUCGGCGAGGACCCGUACACACUCGGCCUCUUUGACACGGCCGGUCAGGAGGACUACGACCGCCUCCGUCCGCUGUCCUACCCGCAGACGGACGUGUUCCUGGUGUGCUUCUCGGUGACGUCGCCUGCUUCGUUCGAGAACGUCCGGGAAAAGUGGUUCCCGGAGGUGCACCACCACUGCCCGGGCGUGCCGUGCCUCAUUGUCGGCACGCAGGUCGACCUGCGUGACGACGCCGCCGUCGUCGAAAAGCUUGCGCGGCAGAAGCAGCGGCCCAUCUCGGUCGAGAUGGGAGAGCGUCUGGCGCGCGAGCUCGGCGCGGUGAAGUAUGUCGAGUGCUCGGCGCUCACCCAGAAGGGCCUCAAGAAUGUCUUUGACGAGGCCAUCGUGGCCGCGCUAGAGCCUCCGGUCGUUCGGAAAAAGUCCAAAUGCGCCAUCCUCUAA